GCGCGCGGUGCGACGCAAAAAGCGUGUCGAUCCGGGGUGAAAAUCGCCGCAUUGGAGAUGCUCUAACGAAACAUAUUUAUUUAAUUUAAUUAUAAUUUGUAUUUUAUUAUUCUAAAUUUAUAAUUGAGUACUAAUUUCUAAUUGGAAUGGAAGCCCUAAACCCCCAAUUCUAAAUUUCUAAUUCAGUGAAUUCAGUCAAUUCACGCACAGACGCACUCUCAUCUCUCUCUCUCGAACUCGGUUGCCGGCGCCGCCGCCCUCCAUCCGUGCCACAGGCCGCAGCAGCAACUCAAGGUUGAAGCCGUUGCCCUCCAGCCGCACCACUGCCAUAUUUACCUGAACACCUCUUGCCAGUGGCGGCGAUGAAAGUAGUUGAGGCCAGUGCCGGUGCUCUCACUAAUUUCGAAGUUCUUGACCUUUUGAGAUCAAGAGGAGCUGGAAAGGAUGCGUCUCGAGCUAUUGCAACCGUAUCUCAAUCUGAGUUCAAGGUUUUUGAUUAUCUAGAGGGGACUGUUGCUUGCAAUCAAACAAGGGAGAUUAUUGAUAACUUUGUUGAAGAGUGUCAAAAAUUUGACCUGGCCAAGGCAGAGAUUCUUAAUAUUGUGAAUAUAAGACCAAGAAGUGAACCUGAGCUUUUCCCGUUCAUAGAGGAAUGUGAGUCGGAGCCAUGUAUGGAAGAUAAGGCCAAAGAGCUCAUAGAGACCAUCACACGGGUUUUGCCGCCUCAUCCGUCUCAGGUGGAUGAAGCGAACGAUGAAGCUGCCGAGGGGGAGGAGACGGACGGGGAAGCUGCUGAGGGGGACGAAGAGAUUGAGCCUGAACCAAAUACUACAUAGGGUUAUCAACAUUAGACAUAAAUACUAAUUAUAAAAGUAAAAAAGAUUAGUAUUUACUCGCAAGAAUUUGAAAAUUGGAUUGGAAUUGCAAAAUGAAUUAAGAUUGUGAUUUAUUUUGCAAUCAUCCUAAAACGUGUUAUGACAUGAUUAUUGAUAUGACGUUGUGGAGCUAUUGAGUAUUAAAAAGAUUCAUUCCAACGCA